CCCACUUUCCUUCUUUCCCUUUGUCACCUCCAAAUCUCACAGGCAAAACACUUAACCAUGUCGCCUCCCAAAAUGCCUGAUCUCUCGACCUCCACGAAGCACAAAUAUGUUAAACUCGGUUACCAAUACCUAGUCAACAACUUCCUCACCCUUCUUCUGAUUCCAAUCCUAGCAUACACCGCCCUUGAGCUUUUCCGAAUGGGUCCUGAAGAGAUCCUCAACCACUUGAACUCACUCAACUUCAAUCUCCUUCACAUCCUAUGUUCCUCUUUCCUCAUCAUAUUCGUUUCAACCGUUUACUUCAUGUCCAAGCCACGCACCAUCUACCUUGUUGACUACUCUUGCUUCAAACCUCCCGUCACUUGCCGUGUCCCGUUCGCUACGUUCAUGGAACACUCUCGUCUCAACCUCAUAGACAGUCCAAAGAGCGUUGAGUUCCAAAUGAGAAUCCUCGAACGAUCUGGCCUCGGAGAAGAAACUUGUCUCCCUCCAGCUAUUCACUACAUCCCUCCAACUCCAACGAUGGAUGCCGCUAGAAGCGAAGCAGAGUUGGUUAUCUUCACUGCCAUGGACGAUCUCUUCAAGAAAACAGGUCUUAAACCCAAAGACAUCGACAUACUCAUUGUUAACUGCUCUCUUUUCUCACCAACGCCUUCUCUCUCGGCCAUGAUAAUCAACAAGUACAAGCUCAGGAGUAACAUCAAGAGCCUUAACCUCUCCGGGAUGGGAUGCAGCGCUAGUCUUAUCUCUGUUGAUGUAGCACGUGACUUGUUACAAGUUCAUCCUAACUCCAACGCUGUGAUAGUUAGCACUGAGAUCAUUACUCCUAAUUACUACCAGGGCAAAGAGAGAGCUAUGUUGCUCCCAAACUGCCUUUUCCGCAUGGGAGCAGCGGCUAUUCUUCUCUCUAACCGCAGAUCAGACAGGUGGAGAGCUAAGUAUAACCUCUGUCACCUUGUCAGGACCCACCGGGGUGCGGAAGACAAGUCGUACUAUUGCGUUUACGAGCAGGAAGACGAUGAAAGUCACGUCGGAAUCAACUUGAAUAAAGAUCUCAUGGCCAUUGCUGGAGAAGCCUUGAAGUCUAACAUCACCACCAUAGGUCCUUUGGUCCUACCGGCAUCCGAACAGCUGCUCUUCCUCACGUCUCUCAUCGGACGUAAAAUCUUUAAUGCAAAGUGGAAGCCGUACAUACCAGAUUUCAAGAUGGCUUUGGAACAUUUCUGCAUUCACGCUGGAGGUAGAGCGGUGAUCGACGAGCUGCAGAAGAGCCUGCAGCUAUCGGCAGAGCACGUGGAAGCCUCGAGAAUGACGUUGCAUAGGUUUGGUAACACAUCCUCGUCUUCGUUGUGGUAUGAGCUUAGCUACAUCGAGGCUAAAGGGAAGAUGAAGAGAGGCGACAGGGUUUGGCAGAUCGCGUUCGGGAGUGGAUUCAAGUGUAACUCAGCCGUGUGGAAAUCUAACCGUACGAUCAAGACACCAACGGAGGGACCAUGGUCGGAUUGUAUCGACCGAUACCCUGUCUUUAUCCCUGAAGUUGUCAAACUAUGAGCAUGCCUCUCUCUCUUUUCGGUGAUACGUUUCAAUAAGGUUGGAAUAUGAUAGAGAAAAGUGAAAAGACGAUACGAAUACCAUAAAAAUGUUCAUAUCUGCGUAUACUUUCACAUCUCUAUUUUUUCAUUUGAAGUAUUUAUUUUUCUUAUUUCUUUUUAGAUUCUCGUGAUGUGUUAUUUGUGAUUUAUCAAAUGCUACUUUUCUCCUCUUUUUUAGAAAUUUGGAAUAAUA